AUAAAACCUUAAAAUUCGAUUCGUGUCUUUUUGCUCGGAAAGUGUAAUUAAACGGUAAUGGAGGAGAAAUUAAAGUAUCUGAGUCUCGUCGGAGCCGGAGCUCUAAUCGGAUCCGUCUCCACCGUCGCUCUCCUUAAACUUCUCUCCAGGACUUCACUGAAGCAGCUUAAAGAAAACCCAGAAACUAAUUUCUUAGGAAAUGGUAUUGAAUCUGAAACAAGACCAGUUACUGUAGCAGUUGGUCAGGAUCUUUUGAAAGAUGAAAUUGUUUCUGAACAUUUAACUAGGAAUAUCCAGUUUUUCGGUCUUGAGUCGCAGCGUAAAGUAACUGGAUCAUAUGUUGUGGUUAUUGGACUUGGAGGUGUAGGGAGUCAUGCUUCAUCUAUGCUCUUGAGGUCAGGUGUUGCCAAGCUUCUCCUUGUUGACUUUGAUCAGGUGUCACUAUCAUCAUUAAAUCGACACGCUGUUGCAACACGAGCAGAUGUUGGUAUUCCGAAAGCUAUAUGUCUCAAGAAGCAUUUCUCUUCAAUCUUUCCUGAAUGCCGUAUAGAAGCCAAGGUGAUGCUGUAUGAUUCAUCAUCUGAAGAAGAAAUUCUUUCGGGCAACCCAGAUUUUGUUCUGGACUGCAUUGACAACAUCGAUACAAAGGUGGGACUUUUGGCUGCAUGCGUUAAGAGGGGUUUGAAAGUUCUGAGUGCAACUGGUGCGGGUGCUAGAGCUGACCCAACAAGAAUCAGAGUGGCUGAUAUAAGAGAGUCAACAAUUGACCCAUUAUCUCGAUCUGUAAGACACAGAUUGAGGAGAGAACACGGCAUUGAAGGAGGCAUUCCUGUUGUGUUUUCCCUAGAAAAACCAAAAGCAAAGCUGCUUCCUUUUAAGGGGCCAAAUGGGGAAGACGAGAAUCCUUCAGAUUAUCAAGUUGUUCCUGGCUUUCGUGUUCGGAUAAUUCCUGUUCUCGGAACCAUCCCGGCUAUUUUUGGACAAAUCAUGGCCUCCUAUGUUAUAACACAACUUGCAGGUGUGCAAGUUCAGAUGGAGCCUAUAGUGAAUCUAGAUUUGGAUCAUUACCGAUUGCUUCAUCAACGCCUUAUUGAGCAUGAGGAGACAGUUUAUGGCACAUCUGCAGAAGUCGAGGUGGAUGUUGAGGAAGUGAUGUACAUAGUGAAAGAGUUGUGGCACGGACGAAGUGCUAGAGAUGAGACUGCAAAAGAUGUUGGCAGAGGGAUGUGGCGAGCCAUGAAUGAGUUGAUGCUCAUAAGAUGGGAUGCAAAGAAGCCAGCAACAGUCUCGAACUUGAUUCUUUUGAAGUUUAAAGAGGCGGAUGAACACGAGGCUAAGACUCUUGAGGAAGUAAAGGAAAGUGAAACAGAGUUCUUUGAAAGAGUUUCAUGCGUACUGAAGAAGGCAGAGCUUGAUUUCUACGGCUAAAAGACAAAGAGCCCAUGGAACUGAAUAUCAAUCACACAGAGGCCUGAAGAACACAUUGCUUACAAAAUUUAUUAUUUUCUCAUAUGAUGAUUAGCAAAAUUUUGGUUUUAUCAAUGAGUAACAAUGUCGAAUAUAUUAAAUUAUAGGGAGUAAAAUGUUAUUACUGUUUGAAAAUGCAUUAUGUUUUUUGUUUU